AUGGGACCUUUUCCAUCUUCCUUUGGUAAUAACUACAUACUUGUCGCAGUAGAUUACGUGUCUAAAUGGAUAGAAGAUGUAGCCUCACCCACAAACAAUGCACAAGUAGUGAUUAAGUUGUUCAAGAAUAUAAUAUUUCCGAGGUUUGGUGUAGCAAGGAAGGAUUGGUCAACUAAGUUACACGAAGCAUUGAGGGUGUAUAGAACCGCCUACGAGACACCAAUAGGAACCACGCCCUUCAAAUUAGUAUACGGUAAAUCUUGUCAUUUAUCGGUAGAACUAGAGUAUAAAGCCUACUGGGCAAUAAAAACCUUAAACUUAAGUUACACCGCUGCCGGCGAAAGGAGGCUAUUAGAUAUUAACGAGUUGGAGGAAAUUAGAUUGGAUGCUUACGAGAAUGCUAGGAUUUAUAAAGAAAGAACAAAGAAAUGGCACGAUAAACGCAUCUCAAGGAAGGAAUUAAAUGAAAGAGAUGUGGUGCUAUUGUUUAAUUCUCGACUUAAGCUCUUUCCUGGAAAACUUCGUUCAAGGUGGUCUGGUCCAUUCGAAGUUACCAAAGUAUAUCCGAGUGGCGCUGUCGAAAUUAAAGGAAAAUCGAGCGAUAGCUUCAUUGUAAACGGGAAGCGAUUAAAACAUUACCAUAUUGUUGAAAAUAAAGACUACACUGAUAGUCUUAAGCUCGUAGAGUUAAUCGUCGAGUCGAAGAACUAA